AUGAAGGCGAAGACGAAGAGGAAGACGACAUUCUCAGUUGCUGAAUCAUCCAUUAAACCAGAAGGAGGGAAAAAUGUUGAUGAGGAAGUGUUGAGAAAUGGUGUGGCUGGGGUUCAUGGGAUAAAUUCUGGGGAAGGGGGUUUAAACAAUGGAAAAAAUGGUACUUUUGGUGAAGGGUCCA